GUUGUUGACUCAAAUGGAUACAUGUAUAUAGUGGAUUAUGCAAACAAUCGAAUUCUUCGAUGGCCACCAAAUUCGAAUUCUGGUGAAUGUAUUGCGGCUUGUACUGGUAUUUCCGGAAAUGGAAUUGAUACGCUGAAUCAUGCGACUGCAUUGGCAUUCGAUAGCUAUGGAUCUCUUUUUGUUAGCGAUGGAAACAAUAAUCGAGUACAGAAAUUUCAGAUACUUGGUGGUUUUGAUGAAACUUCAACAACAACGAUAACAACAACAGCGAUAACAGCAACAGAUCACACAACAUCAUUGCAAGCUUCGUCGAAGUCAAGUAGUACACGUUCAUCAACAAUUGCAAUAUCAAUUGCUUUAUUGCUUUGGUUUCUUAAUGAUUGGAACUUGAGCGACUUUGUCCUUCGCCUUCCUGUUAUACAAUGA